ACAGCCUUAUGUCGUUCAAAUUGACCAAGGGCACAUAUUUACGUAGACUGUUGCAUUCAGGAGACCAUUCGCGAAGUUCAGUGACAAUUUGCAGUCCUGGGGAGUAAAUGUCGGGACUAAAUGUUGGGUUAGGGGACUAAAACGAGGAGUAAUUGCAUACUAGUGGAGUAGAAGCUGCAAUUACUCCCCGUUUUACUCCUUUUUUUCUUAGAGUGUGUAUGUUGGUGCACAGUGCUUCUCUGGCAUAAAUUCUUUACUCUAGGCAGCGGAAGCCCGCGCGUCAAGUAGUUAUCGCGCCACGUGCGAAAAUGUGACUGACAUUUUAGAUCACCCAUCCUGCAUUUCGUUUCGCUUUGUUUGUCGCGACCGUUUCCUUAACCACUUUGCGACGCAUGGUCCAGUCGGGCCUGUUAGGGUCUUUGCCGUGAUAACAAUGUACAGUACCUUGUUAUGUACAGUAGAGCCCUGCACGGGCCGACUUUUCCGGGCCCGACCCGGCCCGGGCGCAUCGAAAAAUGGCCCGGCCGGACCCGGGCCCGGAACUUCAUAUUUUUAUGCGGCCCGGCCCGGUGACCCGGCGAGUAGAUCCCGGCCUAGUAUUUCCAGCCGUAACGUACGCGUUUCUGGCGAUUAUCAAACACAUUUAUAAGUAAAUUUAUGAGGAGAGAAGACAAACAUGGCGGUGAUGGCGGUUUAACACCGUAACCGCACGAGACCAAAUUUGAAUCCAGAACGCACGCGAGCAUGGGCGUUGUCGUUACACUGUCAAGAUUUUGCGGAGCUAGAGCAUGCUGUCGACAAACUGCUUCUCCCAGUCCCUACCCCUCUCACCAAGCUUUGCCAAAGUGAUUGUGAAAUACGUGAGGAGCAAUAUAAAGUGGCUUUGAGAAUGUUCUAGAGGGUAGAAUCAUCUGCAUAAUGCAGUAUCCUUUGCUUGGCUUUGCAAAAUAUGCACAGGAAUGACGUAAGCGCAUGAUAUGAACUAAUGCAUCUCCAUUGUGUGGAAUUAGCUGCGUGGCCCGGCCGGGCCUGAUUCUCGGGAACAUAUUUGUCGGCCCGGCCCGCGGUGCUGGCGUGUUUUGUCGGCCAGGGCUCGGCCCGGGCCGGGCCGGCCCGCGGGCCUGGUCGGGGGCCCGGGCCCGUGCAGGGCUCUAGUGUACGGUACCAGUUAUGUAGCAUGUCCAUAUAUGUUGCUUCGUCUCAUUUUCUACCUUACAGGUGAAUCCGAAAUGAGCGUGAUGGGUUCCCAGAUGCAGAGUGGCAUAGAGAGUAGUGCUAUGUCCUCCAUCGGUGGGCCGAGUACUGGUACAGCCGAUGGCGGAGACGAAGAGCGCAAGAAGAAAAUAAUGUUCAUCGCGGCUGCGGUGUGUGCGUUGCUGUUCGUUUGCGGGCUGGUCCUCUUCAUUGUCAUGCAGAGCGGGGAGGACACGUCUUAUGAUACUGGAGGACAGGGUGGAGACGGUUCUGGCAGUUCUGACGACUCUGAGAUAUAUGAUAUUCCGGCAUCUGCUCCACCAUCCGAUUCGGGUUCUCAACCAUCUGAUUCGGGUUCUCAACCAUCCGAUUCGGGUUCUCAACCAUCCGAUUCGGGUUCUCAACCAGGAAAUGACGCAAACAAUCCUGAUGACACAGCGACAACGGUAACAACGACAACUACAACUACGACAACGACGACGACAACGACGACCACGACCCCGCAUCCGAACUUCCAACCUUUGCUGUGCACCGUGGGGUCAUGGGCGACCAACAAGGACUUCUACCCAGAUAAAGAUCUCUGCGACAUCCUCUUCUUCACCCACAUCAAGUGGAACGAGGCAAAAUCCAAGUGGGGUCCUUCGUAUUUCCCGUAUCGUCAGACGGCAUACGAUACUUUCCUGAGCCACGUAAAGACACGAGAACACAGUGGUGUCUCGUUCGAUUACAGGCAUCUGCAAUCAAUAAAGUGGAAGUUGGAUAAGAACCAUCUGGAUGAGUUUUAUAAAAACAAGAUCAGGCACUUCGGCGUCCUGAAUAUACUGAUCAAGGCCGAUCAAGAUCUGGAGCCUGUUAACGGUUUGUUUGCGAAGAUACAGUCCCAUUUGCUGCAAUAUCACUUGUAUGGGGAAACAGGCCGUGGUACAGAAAACCCAAUGUACCUGGUAGCGGCUUUGAAGAUGAUUAACUUUGCGUCACACAGAGAACAAUUUGCCAGCACAAUCAACAAGUUUGCUCAAAGUACAAUGGCCAACUACAUCGUCGUGAACACUGCAAUCGACACUUGGCAUGGUGGCUGCAAGAGCUUCCCGCCAACGAUGUGGUCAGACUCCCACGGGACGUACCAGCCAGCGUUUGACACCGCAAUAGAAGACGUCCUUUCGGGAGCAGAUCAGUGGGAUAAGGACAAGUCCGCCCUGUUGGCUUUCUCCCUCGGCGUGUCCGCCUAUUACUUUAGAAGCGAUCGCCAAGCGACAUCGCCCCUCUUUGAAGAUUGUCAUGCUUUUGGGAUGGUAUUCUACAAGCAGGUGUGCGACCCACAAAUAAAGGGGAAAACACCAACGACUCCUCCGGGCUGCAAAUGCCAUGCCUACGGAACUGGGAGAUACAUGUACGUUUGGGACACGUUGGAAGACAUAAUCGAGAAGAUGAAUCUAUCGAUUGACACCUACAAGAGACCGCACUUCGGAUUCAUCUUCUUCGACGCCGAGUUGUCAGACAUGACGGCUAGUCCAUGCAUAACGGAUAGCGGAACAUUUCCUCGCCUUCGUGCUGCCAGGAAAAGGAUGGACGCAUUUCACAAGAAAAUGGAUUUGCUCGAAAGGAGUCCUUGACGGGACUGCAUUCUGGCCGUAUUCUGAUUUAUUAAA